CCUGAGUGAAUGAGUGAAGGAAUGAAUGAAUGACCACAUCAGGAACUGAGACCUGUCACCAGCAUCCUGUGUGUGGAAUGGUGCCCAUCAACACAGUCGGAAAAUGGCCCAUCCAUGCCAGAGGGUCCAGGGGGGUGUAAACAAGCCCAGGGUUUGGGCCAGAGCUUCUCAUCCUAAUUCUGUCACUUGCUACUUGUAUGACUCCUGUCACCUCCAGGGCCUCUGUUUCUCAUCUGCGGCUGGGGGAUGACGAGAAUGAUGUGAAGGCCUCUCCUUCCGCCUGCUUUAGCAACAGUCACUACGCACCCACCCUGGGUGGGGCGCUGGGGCAUGAAGUGAGGACCACGACAGGGACUGCUGCUCCCCGGAAGCUUCCAGGUGAGGGAGGGGUGUGGACCACCAGGCAGUCACAAGAUUGGCUUUGCUGCUAUGGGGCGUGAGCCUGCUUCAUGCUGGGAGCUCAGAUGGGGCAGCCUGCAGGAGGUCUUCCAGAUAAAGCUGGAGCAGGCGUCCCAGGCAGAAGGGGCAGUGACGCCCCAGCACAGGUGCGCAGAGCAGUAACAGUGCCGUGCGGCUAGAGCUCUGUGGGCCACAGUGUGCGGGACUACGUGAGCCGAGCCGAGACAUUUGUACUUCACCUCCGCACAGCAGGCUGAGUUGUCACUCUGGAGCUCCACGGCUGUGGACGGGAAUUGAAACACUGGUGACUGUCACUGCUGUGACAUUCUUUGGGCACCCCCAGGGUCUGCUGUUGCUAUAAGAGAUGCUUGAUGCCUCGUUCACUUUGUUGCUGAGAGCUGGAUUACAGAGGCCUCCUGAAAAGAGCAAAAGGUGCUGAAUGUUAGAAGACAGCGUACAAGGGAACCCAGGCGGAGGGACACUUUCAGAGCCACUGCUGCAGAUGGUCUCCAAGGGAGUUUUCAACUCCGACAUGCCAGGACUCCCACGCAGGUGUUAGGAUGGAGAAUACACGGCAUGGAGGGGUUGUAAGGAUGUAAGACCUUCAUGUGGGAGAUCCAGGCGCAGAGGGGCUUCAAAGGAGGCUGAAGGCCUAUCUGUGGGGACAGCAGAAGGGCCUUUACAGAGACAACGACAUUUGCAAUGGAUGGAAUUCACAGAGGGAGACAAGGAGGAGGGCCCUGCAGGUGGAGGUUACGGUGGCAGCAAAUCCCGGAGAUAAGAAAGCAUGUGACCUGUUCAGAGACUUGCAAAUAUUGCAACAUGCGGGAAUCCAUGGAGACAUCACAUGGACCACGAAUGGCCAGGUCAGCAGCUUGCACUUCAUCCCAUUGACCAUGGGAAGCUAUCACGUUGGCCUUGUGAUUUUAACACACGGAUAUGGCCCAGCUACUUUUUCUUGAGCACCUGCUAGUGUUACUUACUCCACGCACUGCACACCAUGUCUUCCUGACCUGGCCACGUGGUCGCUGGACAGUCACACAUCUCUCCAGCCAUUUCCUCACUCCGGGCACUGUCCUCCACGCUUCGCUGUCCUUACACAAGCUCCUUCCUCUGUGGAGAGGCCGCCUUCCACUUCAGCCUUCCUGCGGGAGACUCUGCUUGAAGAACAUUCCCCUGGGAGGCCUCUCCCCUGUGGGCAGCUCCCAGCCUGCCCUGUGCCCUCCAUAUGGCACGUCCACUGCUGUCCUUACACCAACUGGCUUUUCCUUAUUUAGCUGUGAUGCAAUGGCUUGCAUGUCAUCGGUAGCUGUCUUCCCUGGGGCUAACCAAGGACCAAGAACAGGGCAAGUGAUUGAAAAGUGUUGAGUGAUUGAAAAAAUAGAAAUUGCAACUAUCUGGGCCAGGCCCUUGACAGAAUGGAUCUUAUUGAAUGCUCCUCGGUCACCUGUGAGAUACGAGUUACUCUUUCCAUCUUGCACAGGAGAUGUGACUCGGCCGAGUUUAUGUAUCCGCUGAUUUGCAGAACUGGGAUUCAAACCCAUGUGUGUCUCAGUGCUGGUGCAGAGCUCUUCUGCUCUACCAUGUUCCUGGGACAGUAGCUCCAUCCCUGGAUGGAAAAACGUGACAUCAGAGGAGCCACAGACAGGCCACUUCCUCUCAUUCACCUUUUUCCACGUCCCAUUCAGCUGGGACAGCUUCUUCUCAGCCUCUCAAGAUCCGUAUCUGUUCCUGCGCUUAGGGAAGUUUCCCUACACCUCUCACACCACCCAGGGGAGGUAAGGAAAGGAGUUUUCCAUGUGGUCACUGGACGUGAGUAACCACCUCUUCUUCCUGUGACUUCCCCACCUCUGCACUGGGGCUUGGAAAACCCCACCCAUGUCUUCUAAUAAAAGCUCUGGGUACUGCAGGAUGGGCCAGAGGACAGCUCUUCACUCCACCAGACUCCUUGAGGGACUCCUUCCAGGGAGGCCUGAGCUGGACGUCCCGAGAUGAAGGUCAUCACCGCCGCGCUGGUGUGCUUGCUGCUGGCCGGGGCAUGGCUACAGGAUGUGGAUGCCAAGAGCAUGCAUGUGCCAUCCUCCAAGUGUUGUUUCACACUGGUGGAGAGAAAGAUGUCCCUGCAGAGUAUCCAGUGUUACAAGAACACCAGCUCCACCUGCUCCUACAAAAACCAUCUAAUAUUGAAGCUGAACGGAGGCCUAGAGGCCUGUGUCUCACAGACAAAAUCGUGGGUUCGGGCUUAUUUAAAAAGGAUAAACCCCUGCCAGUGAAAGGAAAUAUGAGCUGAUUCCUUUCCAUCCUGGACUCUGGACACCGUGUGGCUUUACCUGUCCCCUCAACACCCAACCCUACACCAGUCCUUCUGCCCCAA